AUGUUUUCAGGCCGGUCUACUCUGCGGAAGGUUGGCGGCAUGCCGCAACAAGAGGAAAACCGAAAUACGGGUACCGACGACGUGUGUCAUAACGAGCUCGUCGCCACGGAUAUGCGGGUCCGUCAUCAAACGCAACCUCGUGACAUCACUCCGCGUUCUCUGCCUGUUCCAAUCAGCGGUUCGUCAUCCAACGGGUUUUAUGUCGGUACCGUCAGGGAUCCUAGAGUUCCUUCAUCAUCAAUGUCAAGUACAUCAGACAAAGCCCUCAAAGAAGAAUGUGAGGAAUUUCAGAAGGAAAACUGUUACGAUCGAGAGUCGGCAAAAGAAGUUCUUGUAUUGCUUUCAGUUACAACUUUCUUUUUUGACGAGGAAAUGCAUUUACUGGCCAACGAGUUAGCCAAAUCCGAUCGUCGUCAUAACUUAAUGUCGUAUGAGAAGCUAGCGUCGCCUGCCAUGGCGCUAUUCUAUCAGAUGAUAAAAAGUUUCAUUGCAGUGAUGGAAGAUGAGCCAAUUCAGAACUAUGAGGAUCUCGUUCCUGGAAGACAUCGUCGAAGCGGAAAUGAACGCGUUCAUCCGAACAAUCUAUACACAGCGUUUUCCCGUUCGAGGAAAAGGCUCGAGCGAGACUUGCCUUCAUGGAUUGAUGUGGAUCCAAACGGAAAGAACGACGAACUUAAAUAUUGGCAGGACCGAAUAAAUUACGUCUAUCAAAAUUCAUCAAAACCUUCUCUGCACUGUGACCGUGCCUUUCACAACAACCGCGCUGCGGGCGUUGAAGAAUUCCACUCAGAAACCGAACUUGACUCCUCCUGUGCUGGCAGUACGCCUUCGCAACAAGAACUGCAUGAUAUCAGCGGCGGGAUCUUCGGCUUUUCCGAUGUCGAAUCCGAUCUCGACUAA